GCCCAGAUAAUUCGGUGUUGCACAUAAAUGCCCCAGCGGGUGCCAUGGCGCCCGUGGGCACCACAUUGGGGACCACUGGUCUAGUGAACCAAGUGGAGACUUCUGGCUAUAGACAUUUACUACAAGCACAAAUUAACCACCACCUACUGGAAGAACACAAAGCCAAGUGUUGGGUGGGUUUUGUGAUGACUCCCUUCCUCCCGCUCCCCUCCCAACAACCAUCAGGUGACUGGACCUUUGGUCACUACUUUUGAUGGAUUAAAGUCAGUUUCUUUCAAACGCACGUCAUGAUAAAGGAGAAAAAUCCAGGACGUCGCGAUAUAAAGGAAUGGACUCCAAUAAAUAAUGCUUUGCAUCGUCCAUCUAUCGUUUUGCAUAGGGCCAGCCGCCUACAUGUGCAAGUCGGAACCGGGAAAUUUCCGAUUUCUGAAUCAGCUGGCUUGGUUUCAAAUAGUUUCUCUUGUUAAGAUGCAAUCGGUUUCCGGCACGCUCGGGCUGCGCACAUAGCAAGGGCUGUUGUUUCAAAAAGCCAGUUGUUUUUAACCAAUGGAAACAGAUUUCUCCCCCAGCCGAUCCCGGGGCGUAGAGAAGAAAGGGUGGCCUGGCAUCCCACAUGUCUCAGGACUGGCUUACGGGGCGCCCCAUCGCUCCCGCCCACAAAUCCUGUUGCUAGCAGCGGAUACCGCUGCAGAUCCCAAGGGUGGCACGAAGCUUGCAGGGGGGUCGGGACGAGUUCACACUUCUCUUGACUCAGUCUCUGACCUAAGGAAGGGACUCCCAGGUCUGCCCCCACUCCCAGCCCCUCAGGGCAUCCUACAGAGAGCGGCUGGCCCGGCAGCCUUUGAUCCUCGCAGACCAGCCCCAGCCCGCCUGCCUGUGCGCUCCCAGUAUAAAGGGCAGGGCGGCAGGGCAGCCGCUCGGAGCACGCGGGUCUCUCCAGUGGCAGCAGCCGCGGCUCGCCCGCCCCAUGGAUCUCUACCUCACCCAAAGCGCUGCCCGCGUGGGCAGCCUCGCCCGGCCGGAGGCUCCCGCCCUCAGCGCCUUCGCCGCAGACAGGAGCGAAGCGGCCGGAGGUGGCUGCCCGGCCCAGUCCCAGGAGGAGCUCAGCCCGCCCGCCUCGGCUCCCGGCGCCGCCGCCUUGCCUUGCCCGCUCCCGCCGGACACGGCGCCGCCCCUCUCCCAGCGCAGGAAAAGGACCAACUUCACCGCGGCUCAGCUGGCGACGCUGGAGCUGGUCUUCAAGGACACCAUGUACCCCGAUAUCUACCUGCGGGAGAGGCUGGCCGACGUGACCCACAUCCCGGAGUCCAGGAUCCAGGUCUGCUAGCAGCUGUUGCAGAAUGCCUGUCUUUCACUGAACCCUACCAGGUUCCUAGAUGCCUUGCUGCCUGAGGGGAGGAAGUGAAUCACACCCAGGCUGACUGGAGUGUGUAACGGAUACAUGGACAUAUUGAGCCAUUGAAAGCUUCUAGAAUAAAACGACUUUGUAGAGUGCUGCACUCUAAUUUGAUCACAAGGUUUUAGAAUUGCACUAUUAAGAAUCAUUGCCUGAUUUUGUGUUAAUAUCACUGCAACUGUGUGUGGGGUAGGGUUAGUAAAGACAGUGUUGGAGUACAUGCAAUGCUACCUCUUAUUUGUAAUUAAAUUAAGUUUAGUCUUCUUAAAUGUAUAAGACCUUAGAUUAUCUCAUAGCUAAGAAGAUAUCCAUUAUUGACAAAUUUAGAAUGUGCAGAAGACCCAAUAUUUCUAGGUGGUCUCACCCUUCUCUUCCCGUAAGAUACAUACAAGUGUCAUUUGAACACACUCUCAGUAUAUAUAACAGAAGUUGCCAUCAUGAAUACAAAACAUUCUCUCUGAAAAUAAGUGCAAUAGUAAAACUUUAAUCUUACCUUGUAAAACUACCAUCAGAUGAAAAUACAGCUUGACUUUUAAAAUAAGAACAGACUAUGAUAGUUCAUCUUCUUUGCUAUAUCAAAUGAGUAUCUAGCUUUUUAAAACUUCCACUAAUUUAUUUAUUUUUUGCAUCUGUUUAUCCUUCUGUAGAAGAAUUAGGAAACUCCUAGUUCUAUUUUUUUUAAACGGUGACAUCUCUUUCUGAGAAGAAAAAUAAAAACAAGCAUUUGUUAUAUUCUAGUUGCUUUUUCUUAAUGUGUCAUUUUGUAAACAGGUUAAGUAACCUCUCUUAAUAGGUUGCAAACUCAAGACUGAAUUUGAUCAAUAGUCAACAAAAUGUGCUAAUUUUCCUGAGAGUUAUAACCUGAUAGUAUAAAUGUUGUUGGGAGGGGGACAGAGAGUGUAACCUCUCAAUCACUUUUAUAUAAGAGCAAAAAAAAUUUUUUUUUUUAACUUAAUCAAACCGUGUAAAUUUAAA